AUGUCCGUCGACAUUAAUUGGGAAACGCUCACCGGAGGUCCUGACGGCGAGGCAUUGGCUGAAACCAUCAGGGAUUUCAUUCAUCGACGAUUCCAGACCCUCCCGCUCCCGAAGCUGAUACGGUCCAUCACCGUGCACGAUUUCGAGUUUGGCCAGAUCUCCCCCGAAAUCGUGCUCAAAGAUAUCGGUGAUCCACUGCCGGACUUUUACGAUGUAGACGAGGAUGGCGUGACGGUGGAUAGCGACGACAGUGGCGAGGCCAAAAGAGCACAGCGGCCAGAAAUCCGGCAUCCUUCGACACGGGAGCUAAGAGGUGUAAGCGGCUCCCGUCGUCAGUCUGAAUUCGACAUACUGGACAGAUCUGGAGCCUCGUCAUUGACACUCGGCACCACACCUGGCGUUUUGGGAACCACAUCGAAUCUGGGUUACUUCCAUCUUCCAUUGUCUGCAGGUCUUCCUGGAACACAUACUCCGUUGGCUGCGGUCGCUGGAGCGCACUAUUCAAGUGGGAUUCCACAAGCACAAAAUCAGCACCGCCAUGCCGAAUCAUUCGCCUCAGUUUCUCCCAAUUCGACGGCAACGCCAGCAUCGUCACUGGACCACCCAUUCUUCGACCAACCUCCAGGAUCUGCUGCCGCCGAUGACCUUGAUGUUCCAUUACAACCGCUGAGUCAAGAACAUCGGGAGAAAAACCCAGAGGACCUUCAGGUUGUGUUUCAUGCCACAUACGCCGGCGAUGUCAAAUUAUCAUUGACCGCGGAGGUCUUCCUAGACUAUCCAAUGCCAAGCUUUGUGGGAAUACCGCUGAAGUUGAGAAUCACCGGUUUCACAUUCAACGGCAUUGGUAUCAUGGCCUACAUCAAGAAGCGGGCUCAUCUAUCCUUCUUGAAUCCAGAGGAUGCAGAAGCUCUGGUUGGCAGCGAACCUACCCUGAAUGACUUGGACGAAAAGACCGAGGAUAACGCGCAUCCCAAGAUCGUCUCGAGCAAAGUAGGCAUGCUACUCGAGGACAUCAAAAUCGAAAGCGAGAUGGGCGAGACUKACAACAGCAGCGGAAAGUCCGUGCUCAACGGGAAAAAUGUGGUCAAAGACUUCAUACUCGAACAAGUCCGCCGCGUUUUCGAAGACGAGCUGGUCUAUCCAUCUUUCUUGACUUUCCUUGUCUGA